CUUCGUGUGGUAUAUCAUCAUGGCGGAGCAGAUUUUGUUGUUACGAAUCAUCAAGACAUUUGUGGGCAUUAUCGGCCUGUUCGGGAACGGGCUGGUUUGCUUGGUGAUUUACCGAGUACCUGCGCUUCACACUAUGACCAAUGCUUUCAUCGUCAAUCAAGCAGUUGCGGACCUGAUGGGUUCCGUGUUUCUCUUACUUCUGAGCAACAUCGACUACCCGGCCAUCCUUCCUGAGGGCACGGCCGGGGUCCUCCUCUGCCGUCUCUGGAUCUCAGAUUUCUUCUUGUGGGCUUGUUUCAUAACCUCAACUUUCAACCUGGUCGGGCUGACCUUUGAGCGCUACGUCGCGAUCGUCUUUCCCUUCCGCUAUCCGACCUUUUACACCAAGCGUAACUCCUGUUUCAUGCUGGCAGCAGCGUGGUUUCUUGGCACCAUGUUCGCCACUUACUCCAUCGCCAUCCGCGCCUACGAGGGCCGACAGUGCGCGGAGAAGCUGCUCCCGUACCUUAAAGACGUCGGGUUUGUGAUCACCAUCAUCCAGUACUUCGUACCGACCUUCACUAUGCUGUUCGCGUACAUCCACAUCAUUGUCGUGUUGCACCGGAGCGCGAAUCGAGUCGGGGUGGCCACCGCGAGCACCGCAACGAGCGACGGGCGCGAGGCGUCCCUCCUCCGCGCCAGGCGCAACACCUUCAAGACCCUGCUCAUCGUCUACAUCAUCUACUUCUGUUGCUGGACGCCCAACCUGACCGUCUUCGCCAUGUUCAAUCUCGGCUGGCCGCUAGACUUCAAGGGCGCGCUGUACAUCAUCUCCGUGGCUCUUGCCGCGUCUAAUUCCUGCGUCAAUCCCAUCAUUUACGCCUUGAAGUACCGUCAGUUCCAGAACGGUCUCAAGAGGCUGUGGAUGUCGAUACGCGGUCGGGAGCACGUGGAGAACGUCUCGUGGAUGGUCGAACAGUCCGCCGACAGACUUACGUAUGCACAGGCACAACAUAAUCAUGACGGGUAA